AUGAGUCCAACAGUGACGGCCUCUCCGCUCUCAGAGGUGGUUGGUGGUGGUUGUUGUUGUUGUUGGUGGUGGUGGUUGUUGGUGGUUGACCUGACACCGUCUGCAGACGCCGUGACCCGCUCCGACAACAGCAGAAAUGUGGAUUUCUUCAUUUGGGGGAAAGAGGACACCGGCCGGGCCCCGGGGAGAGUGGGGAAGACCCGGAAUCCAGACACAACCGGGGCCAAAACAGCUGAAGGGCCUCCUCCUCACGCUCCGCAGACAAACACACCACCACGAGGCCACAGAACCAGAGACCGGGUCAGCACUGGUCCGGCUCCGAUGGCUCAGAUUCUAGUCACUAACUACAGAUUCCAGAUCCUCUUCCACACCUCACAGUCUCCCUCUCAUCGCCGCAUGAACACUUCUGAUCCUCACAGUCUAUUCUGUGUAAAUAUUAAGAUGGAGGUUGGAUUCCCGUCACGAUAA